UCUCUUAAUUUGUGAGUAUUACUGAACUCCUAACUAGUUUCUGGUGGAAAGUGCAAUGUGUUCCAAACUAUUCAUUGUUUUCUGAUAAUAAAUUGUUUGUGACAGUACUUACAAAGGUAGCGUGAAAUCAUGUUGCAGAAGAAUCUGAUGGAGGAGAAGCAACAGCUGAAUUAUGACCAGCCACUUCUGUCGGUGAGAAGAUUCUCGCCAAUGGUAGCCUCAGAGAAACAUAAUGCAAGGAAAGCAGACAAAUCCCUCCCUGGUAUACCUCGGCUUCCUCUUUAUAAAACAGAAUUGAAAUCGGGUCCUGUAACGAAUCCAGGAACGGUACCUUUUCUCUGGGAACUGCGCCCUGGACGACCGAAGGAAGAGAUGAAACCACAGAGUGAAAACUCUGACAGACUUCCGAUUGCCCCGAAACUUCCUCCUGGGAAAUCUUCGAUAGUCAAUAAGAGCCAAGCAAUAAAUGUUGAAGCGGUAAACAAUUUCGAGAGAUGUAACAAAACAAUAGAGAAGGAGACUUUUCAUUUGGGGGAUAGUGAUGAAGCAUAUGCCGAUGCACUCGAUACAUUCUCAAGCACUGAAUCAAUUUUCUUUAAUUGUAGCACGAGUGGCUUAAGUUCAUUGGAUGAACUAGAGGUGAAACCAUCUGGAACUUUUUCGACGGAUCCAUUGACAAGAGAAUUCAUGAUGGAGCGGUUCCUCCCUGCAGCAAAGGCUAUGGCAUCAAAGACACAUUUAUAUGCCACCAAAAAGCAAACCAUAGUCCAAGAAAAACCAAGAGAAAUAAAGAUAUUAAUUAAUCCAGAUAAGCCUUCAAUGCAGCACGGACCUAGUCUUGUAAAGCACUAUUUACAAUUCCAAGACAAUGAAGAGGUAGAAGAAGAAAGUGACGAGGAUUAUGAUCUAAACGGAAAUUUUCCCGCAGUUUGUGGGUUACUACCGCGGUUCUGCUUAAAUCACUCGUUCUGUCUCAUACAUCCUGUAACUGCAACGAGCACGAGGACCCGAUUACCAAAGUCUUCGGUUAAUAAAUUGCACGACAGAUCUUCAGCUGCUACUUCUUAUAGUAAAAGAGACGCUGAGUCUAGGUCUAAUUUUUCUGAUCGAAAUUCCGUUGGUACUCAGAAUAGUUUGAGAACUGACUUCAAUUCAAGUAGCCGUCAGAGACAGAAUCCUAAUGGAUCAUUUCUAGGCAAGCAACUAGAAGAACACAGCACAUCAAAAUCAUUCGAUAAAUCGCCUAAUAAAGAAAAAGGAGUCAUCAUUUUUCCCAAAGAAUCAAAGAAUCAGGGGAUUAAUGGCUUCGGAUCACAUAAAAAGGGCCAUAAAACCUUUUGGGAUUUCUUGUCUGAGAAGGACAGUUCAGAGGAAUCAUGUUCAGGAAUUCCUGUUCUGGAGAGAACUCUGUAUCUCGACGCUGUACAGAAAAUAAAAUCUCCGAUCAGGGAACCUUUUUCUCCCAAUAUGCAAGGGUCGAAGGAACAGCCUAGUUCGAGUGAAAAAGAGUAU